UAUCUGUUUUUCGUUAACACUCCCCUAACAGUAAGUAAGUUGGUCCACCUCUCUUCUCUAAAAAAAUACUUCUAAACCCUUAUACAUAAACUAAAAAUGAAGACACUUAAUUUGCACCUUAUCAACAGUUCAACAGUAUACUCCAUUGCCUAUUUUGGCAAAAUGUUGUCUGGAGAAAAGGUAUCGAGUGAAGAUUCUUCUUCUUCACUUGUUACUCAUACUUUGAGAAACAAUCCAAUGUGUACUUGUGGGUCACCCGCUUCACUUAGAACAUCGAAUACGCCAAGAAAUCCAGGUCGAUCAUUCUUUGGGUGUUCAAAGUACAAUUCUCAGGGGUUACCACACUGCAACUAUUUCAAAUGGGCAGAUAGCGAUAGCUGCCAUGAAAAAGAAAAAGAAAUUGAGAUGUUAAGGAAGGAGGAAAAACUUCAGAAAACACAGUUAGAGGUUCAACAACAUAUUAAAGAGGUUCGAAGAAGAGAGGAAGAGGCAGCUGACUUACAAGUUACAACUGAUCUUGGAAACUGUUGA